UAUAGAUUUACACGUUUUUCCUCUAAAGUUUUCUCCUCCCUUAUCCAAGUUCCCAAACUCUCUCUUCCCUCUUUCCCCAUAAUACUUUUCCCUCUCUCUCCUCCGAUCUCGCCCUAUUUUUCGACGAUUUUUCGGUGCUUUUCAACUUUUCAUUCCAAAACCCUAAACAUCUGGAUUCUGCCCUCCAAUCCUGUACCAUAAUUUGAUUUUCCAAUCUUUUUCUUUUUCUCUUGUUUUAACUUUCCCAAUUCAAACAAAAUUCUUUUCUAUUUUUUUGCUUGUUUUUUUUUUAUUUUGUCUGUAAAUUUCGUUGAUUAUUUUAUCGUGAUUAGCCACUAAGCUUGUUGUUGCUAUUGAAGAUUUCAAUUUCUUUUUUAUGCUGCUUUGAUUUUGGCUUUGUGGUUAUUGAAGACAAAUCCUUGCAACUUUGUUUUCAAAGCACUUUCAACGUUAUCAUUGUUUUUUUUUUAAAUAUAGAAUUGGAUGUGCAAACGCCAAAAGAAUCAAAGCGGUUUUUUGUUUUCAUUUGUGGGUGUUGGUUGUGCACUGUUUGGGUGUUUCUGAAUUGGGAUUGAAUGCUUUUGUUUGAGGCAAAGGGAGGGGAUGGAAACCAUUGCAAAUCGGGCGAAUGAAUUGGGACUGUUUCUUUCUUUCGGGGGUUUGGCUUAGAAGAGAAAACAGAAACAGCCUGGGGUUAUGAUUAAGGGAGCUAUUGGAGAAUCGGAGAUUUUUGUUUUUUGGGUGUUGGCUAUUUUACUGUCUUUGGUUCUUGGAAUGAGGAAUGAUGGCCAGAAACAACAGCAGGGUGGUGUGCCAAGGCCAGGCCGGCCCAACGGCUUUAUUCCGAGCUCGUUUCGUGCCAUUUCCAGCUACCUGAGGAUCGUGUCAUCGGGGGCAUCGACAGUGGCUCGAUCAGCGGCCUCGGUAGCGUCAUCGAUUGUUGAUAGGGACGACGAUGCCAACCAUGAUCAGGUGAUUUGGGCUGGGUUUGACAAGUUAGAGGGUGAGGGAGAUGUCAUUCGACAAGUUCUCCUGCUGGCUUACAGGUCCGGUUUCCAGGUUUGGGAUGUCGAGGAUGCCGAUAAUGUCCGUGAUCUAGUUUCGAGACAUGACGGCCCUGUUUCAUUUAUGCAAAUGCUACCAAAACCGGUGGCAACAAAGGGGUUGCAAGGCAAGUUUGCAGACUGCCACCCAAUGCUGGUAGUUUGUGGUGAUGGGUCCCUUUCUAUUGGUGGUAACAUUCAGGAUGGUUCAGCCACUCCUGGCAAUGGUAGCAUCUCAAAUGGCCAUGAUCCUGUAAAUGGAAUUUUUUUGCCUACUACUGUUCGGUUUUAUUCAAUUAGAUCUCAAUCUUACGUCCAUGUGCUAAAGUUCAGAUCAGUUGUUUACUCUGUAAGAUGCAGUUCCCGAGUUGUCGCUAUUUCUCAAGCAGCUCAGAUACACUGCUUUGAUGCCACAACUUUAGAGAGGGAUUAUACCAUUCUUACGAAUCCUAUAAUUACGAUGUGCCCUGGUUCUGGAGGCAUAGGUUAUGGGCCUCUUGCUGUGGGUCCUCGAUGGCUUGCUUAUAGUGGAAGUCCAGUUGCAGUCUUGAAUUCAGGGCGUGUCAGUCCACAACAUCUAUUGCCUUCUGCCAGCUUUCCCGGUUUUCCUUCGAAUGGGAGCAUGGUGGCUCACUAUGCAAAAGAAUCCAGCAAGCAACUUGCUGCUGGGAUUGUGACCCUAGGAGACAUGGGGUAUAAGAAGCUGUCCAGAUACUGCUCUGAGCUACUGCCUGAUAAUAAUACUUCAAUGCAAUCGGGGAAUCCUGGCUCGAAAAGUAAUGGAACAGUUAAUAUUCAUCUAAUAGAUGCGGAAAAUGCCGGAAUGGUCAUUGUCAGAGAUAUUGUCAGCAAAGUUGUUAUUGCCCAGUUCAGGGCACACAAGAGUCCUAUCUCAGCAUUAUGCUUUGACCCCAGCGGCACCCUUUUAGUUACCGCUUCGGUCCAGGGGCACAACAUAAAUGUUUUCAAAAUAAUCCCCGGACUCCCUGGAAGCUCCUCUGCAUCUGAUGCAGGUGCAUCUUAUGUACAUCUUUACAGGUUGCAACGUGGCUUUACAAAUGCAGUCAUACAGGAUAUCACUUUCAGUGACGACAGUAACUGGAUUAUGAUCAGUUCAUCAAGGGGGACAAGUCAUCUGUUUACUAUUAAUCCUCUCGGGGGAUCAGUAAACUUUCAGUCUGCUGAUGCUAGUCUUACCAUAAAAAAUAGCAGUUUGGGUGUUAUGACUAACCCGUCAGUGCGUUGGCCACCUAAUCAACAGAGCCUUUGUGCAGCUGGUCCUCCAGUUACACUUUCUGUUGUUAGCAGAAUAAGGAAUGGAAACAAUGGAUGGAGAGGAACUGUAAGUGGUGCAGCAGCAGCUGCAACAGGUAGGAUGAGUUCUCUUUCUGGGGCUAUUGCUUCAUCUUUCCACAAUUGCAGAGGGAAUGCUUUAUACGUGGAUUGCAGUUCUUCGAAAUCAAAGUACCACCUUUUGGUCUUUUCUCCGUCUGGUUGUAUGACACAGUAUGUGUUCCGAACCUCAACUUGUCUAGACCCAACAGCUAAUGUGCCUGGAUUAAGCACUGGUCCUGAGUUAGCACCAGAAUGUGAUGCAAGAUUAGUCAUCGAGGCUAUCCAAAAGUGGAAUAUAUGUCAGAAACAUAACCGAAGAGAGAGAGAAGAUAAUAUUGACAUAUAUGGUGAGAAUGGAAACUCAGACAGCAAUAAAAUAUAUUCCAAAGGAGUGAGGAAGGGAAAUAGCAUCUAUCCUGAAGCUGGGGGUACAUUUGCAAAGGCAAAGAUCAGUCCCGAGGAGAAGCACCAUUUCUAUAUAUCAGAAGCUGAACUACAGAUGCAUCAACCUCGGGCACCAUUGUGGGCAAAACCUGAGAUAUACUUUCAGUCGAUGAUGGUGGGAGGCCCCAAAAGGGAUGAAGAAAAUGCUUCUGGGGGGGAAAUCGAAAUUGAAAGGAUUCCAACUUGUGUGAUUGAAGCAAGGUCAAAAGGCUUGGUUCCAGUUUUCGACUAUCUUUCGACCCCAAAAAUCCAGCAAACAAGGAACCCUGCUCUGGAGUGCAAUCUUAAUGGGCGACUUCAGCAACAGAGACCUGGUCUGUUGGCAAAUGGCAGGUUUUCACGCAGGAGCAGCUCUGGCUCUCUUGAUUCUGUGACUGACAGUGGUGCUUCACUGGCAGAAUUUCACAAUGGCAUCGAAGAAACUGAAUCAGAUGGUCCUCGUAUGCCAGUAGAAACCAACAGCUUUGUAAAUAAUAAUGACAGCCCAAAAACAAAGACUAGGCUUGAGAUUGUAAAUAAUAGAGAGAGCUUCAAAGUGGAGGCUCAACUCAAGCUUGUAAAUAGUAACAAAGAAAGCCUAAAAAUGGAGAAUCAUUUUGAAGAUGAAGGUGUUGAGUUUGAUUAGAGGUGUGCAGAUAUUCUUUUAUUCUCCAAAGGGGUUCAUUAACGCGGUGUUAAUAUAAUCGGUGGAAAGUUAGAGGAUAGUGUGAAGCGGAAAUGUCGAUAGUGCUGUUUGGUUUUAAUCUACUGAUGACUUUGUAAAUAACAAACAUUAUAUUAAGUUUGUAAUAUGUAAAUAAUAGCAUCUCAUAAUGACUCUUUCAAACUUUCAUUAUUCUAUUAA